CCACUGUAUGAGAUGUUAGCAAAGAAUGUGAUAAAAUCUCAUUGUCCGACCCUGAUCCAGUUGUUUGGAUGCUAGACCUGCUAGAAACAACAGCUAAAUCUCCUUCGAAUAUCACAUCAAUGAAGGAAUAAGGAAUUUGAUAAUGUUGUGGUUGAUGCAUUGACUGAAUAAAAACAGGACGGUCACGAUUGGCACGACUUAUAGAUCGGGUGGAUGAAAUAGCAAAAGAAAAUAUUUGAGCUGAGGGCAUCCUUGAAGCCAAAGUAGUCCGAGGUGUAACCAAUUCUUGUAUCAAACAUGGACAGUGAACAGACGGUUGGUUCCGGUAUUUCCAAGGUCCAUUCAAUGGCCGUUUCUGGAUUUACAAAGAAUUCUGCAGAUUUGUACAAUCAGGGACGGCCUUAUUACACAGAUCAAACAAUUGAGGAGAUAAUUAAACGAAGCCAAUUGAUUGACUUGGAAAGUACAGCAAAUAUAUCCUAUGAUGUCCUAGAAUUGGGAGCUGGAACUGGUAAAUUCACCCAAAAGCUUUAUCCAAGACUAAAACAGAUGAGAAAAGAAAAAAACAAACCCCUGAAAUAUUUGGCUACUGAACCCUCAGAAGGUUUCCUGUCCGCCUUACAAGAGAGUUUUCCAGACGUAGAAACUGCUGUCGCUUCCGCUACUUGCUUAAAAGUUCCAGACCAUUCUGUCCGGGUGGUAGCAGCAGCGCAAUCCUUCCAUUGGUUUGCUACAGAGGAAGCUCUCAAAGAAAUCCAUAGAAUUUUGGUCCCUGAUGGAAUGCUAAUUCUUGUAUGGAACCGUGCUGAUCGUCGCAUCCCUUGGAUAGAAGCAGCUACCAAUCUUCUCCUUGAAAAUUACCCUCCCAAUAUACCUCGCGAAUCAUCUGAGGAAUGGAAAAAAGUCUUUGAAUCCUUCACAGACUUCCGGCAGCAGUUUUAUACCCAACCUUCAAGUCCAGUGAUUCAGGGCACGAAAUCCACGGUCCUUAAUUACUUCCUGUCCGUUAGUGUCAUCGCCUCGUUAGCCAACCCGGAGAAAGAAAAAGUAGAAGACAAUUUCGUCAAACUGCUGAAUAAAUGGUUUCCUGGCAGCACAGAAGAAACACCUGUGGAAUUUCCAUUUCAAACUCACCUUUACGGAUUUGUCAAACAAUAAUAAAUAAAUACCUGUUGAUCAACGGAGGCAGUAAAAUCUGUUCCGUUGAACCCUGGGGCCAAUGUAAUCAAUGUACCUCUCACCUGAUCCUGGCUUUGGGCCAAAAUUUGAAACCAAUUUAAUGAAUAAUUCUGGUAAUUAAAAAAGCUAAAUUCUUAUUAUUGAAAUCAACUAACGAUCCAGCUUUAUUUAUAAUAUUCACAAUCUAUUUAGCGGUAUUUCUUUCGUCUUAAUGCUCAGGGUUAAAUUUCUGCCGAGGUUGACUUGGCCUGCCAUCCUUUCAGAGUUGAUGAAAUGAGCACCGGUUAUACACUGGUGUUGAUGUAACCAACUUUACCCUACCCCCUGAAAUUUCAGGCCUUGUGCCUAUAGUA